AUGGCUGGCGGUACAGUCAAGUACCGACAUCUGAGUCGCAAUUCAGCAGCCCGUGUGGCCCUGCUGCGCGGUCUGGUUACUCAACUCGUCCAGUUCGAACAUAUCCACACAACUUACGCCAAGGCAAAGGAAGCCCAGCGCAUGGCAGAGAAGCUCAUCACACUGGCGAAGAGGGACAACGAGCCUGCUCGGAGAUCAGCACAGGGCAUUCUAUAUACCCCCACCACAACCCUACCUAAACUGCUAGGCGAGCUGCGAAGCCGAUAUUUGACCCGAGAGGGAGGCUAUACUCGCGUCGUGCGCACCGAGUCCAAGAACACAUACGACCAGGGCGAGAGUGCCAUACUUGAAUUCGUCGACGGCCCAAAGGACUCCCGCUUCAUGAUGACUGCCAAGACAGUUGCCCGCGACCGAAUGCUAGGGCAAGAGCAUACUCCCGUCACCAGAACCAACAUCAAGAAAGUCACACAGUUCCGCGGCGAGGUGCCGUUUGAGGAGAUGGUGCGGAGGUUUAUGAUUUUGAAGACUGGUGAGAAGACUGGACCAUCACGGGAUGAGAGUAGUUUGGCGGAAGUCGAGGCCGAGAAGGCGGCAGACAAGAAUGCUGAGCGGGCAAAGGAAAUGGCCGCUGGCAUCGUGCCGGAGUCAGUGAGAAAGGCGGCGCAACAGAAGAACUCGCCAUAG